GCAGAAACUUUAAGUGUUCCAUACUAAAUAAUUGCUAUAAACUUCUACGGUUAUUAAGAAAGGAGUUGAAAAACCCUUAAAAUGUCUACAAUCUACGAAAGCAGUCAUUGCAUCUUAGACACAAGUGCUAAAAUGGUUCGAAAGAUGAAGGUGGAUCAUAAGAUGUCCAAACCUGUUCGGAAAAAUACAUCAUUCCAAAGCCUUUUUCACUACCCCAUCGACUGGAUCAACUCAAACAGUCCAGCGGAACAACGAAAAGGAUUCAUUGAGCCUCAGGGGUACAUUACAAGAGAAGGUGUGCGAGACAAAGUAAUUGGAGACGCUUGGAUACAGCUAGAUGAUUCAUCUCUAAAUUCAAGGCUAGACAUCGCUGUGUCCGAAUCAAUUCGAUCAACGCCUUCUCCAAUUAAAGGAAAGAUUACAGUGUGUGCAGAGAAUUCAGCGGAAAGUUUAAACGUAGAAGACGAUCGUAUGUGCUCGUUGAAAAAUCGUGAAAUCGCUUGCGAAGGACGUAUUCUCCAACUUUCACCGCUUCGAAAGAAUUCCGAAGAUGUUGGAUGCUAUGCAUAUGUGUGCAUUGACAAUUCUUUCAUAACACAUGCCCCUUACAUGAGCGUUAAAAACGUUCCCAUCAUAUACGACAUUCUCAUCGGCAUUGAAGGUGAUGCAGAAUGGGUAGAUAAUGAUUUGAAAAAAUGGUGGAAAGGUACCAAACCGGAGAAACCUCUUACAUUCGGACGAUUCUUUCCACUUUCUGCAAAACUUAUUGUUCCUUCGCACCUUGCUUUGAUAUGGAGUGAUUCAUUUGCACCUGUCCUAACCAAAUGGUUUUCAAAUAAUCACAGCAAAAUUGCAAAAGAUGACAACAUAACCGGUGUGGUGUCCCUUGAAGAAGGACAAGCUUGCAUCCAUUUUAAAUCACUUCUACAAAAUCAUUCCGGAUUCGAGCGAAUUGAACUUGGUUCAGUUUCAAUUGAUUCUAAAAAAACUUGGCCAGUCCAUAUCUUGCAACAUCGCAUUCUACUUACUGGUGCUCCAAUCGUCAGUAGUUUGAAACCGAGUCUCAAUUUAGAGGUAAACGUUCUUCAGUCUGAGUUCGCCAAGUACACGUCAACACUUUGCCAAGUUGAGCAAAUCAAAGCAUAUGGACUUUGGUGUUUUGAGAGAAUCAUCCAAAUGUAUACUGCACAACAAGAUGGUUACGCUACGGAGUCUUCUCCAUUUAAAGUCUUCAAAAUUGACUAUUCGAAGGUCUUCCGACCGAAAGUGAAUGACUUCGAAGAGGAUAUGUGCAAAGGAUCUGGCCUGCCGAUCAUAACUGGAAAUCCCCAAUACGAUGCAGUAUGCGAUGGGCUCUUGCUAAAGGGUAUCUCCCGUUCACCGAUGAACGUUGCGAAUUCUCUUCAGUACAAUCGAUUUGUUUUUGGCAAGGAUCUUGGAACCCCGUUAUCUUACGUAGACAGUCUAUUCUUGUUUGAUUACGGAGGCGAUUGGACGAUGCCUUCACUUCGAACAUGGCUGGAUGGACUUAGAGAAAAAAUUGCUGAGGUGCACGCUAUCGGUUCGAAUGGAGAAAAAUCUUUACUUGAAUGUACAAUUCUGAGCUAUGAAGUUAUACGGGCAAAGAAAAGAUUUGAAGAUGCAAUGCGUCGUCGUUUGGUGAAAUUGGAAAACAUUUGUGUAUGGAAGGAUUUUAGAGAACUAAUUCUCUUCCGAGCACUAGACGCUGCUUUUAUAAAAUCUACAGUUACCAGUUCUCACGAUGAGGAAGCUUACUACGUGACGGGAUUUGCCACAGUGAUUCACGAUCUUUGUGAUUAUGGAUACGAUCUCAGCAUCUGUGAAUGCUCUGGAAUGUUAUUCACUUUGGGUGCUGUUGAUGGUAGUUUUGAUAGUAUUGAAUACGCUUACGCAGUUACAUUAGCAGGAGUUCGCUACAUUUCCAAGGUACACAGACAUACAUCAAGUGGACUCACAUUGGCGUCAACCCACUAUUGGCAAUUAUGUAACGGUCGCCAUCGAUUCCUCAACUGUGCCAUGAGCGUCGCAGAGCAUGAACAUCCGCGACGUCUUGCUGUUAAAGGGACACUGUUAGAUACAAUUUACAAUAGGAAUACAGAAGAAUAUAUCAGCUCGAAACAUGAUCACGAACUGUGCCUUCAAAUUUAUCAGAGCUUAGGCGAAAGGUGCAAGAACCGUGGAAACGCUUUCCCCACGCUCCUUCGUGCUAUUGUCGCACGACCCUACGAAAGGAUCUAUAAAAAGUCAUUGGACGAUGUUGGCGAUCUUGUCGAAGUGGACUGCAUCACGAGCAUUAUCGAUUCUGUGUGCGCCGAUAGUUCAAACGAUGCAAUUGAUCUUCUUUGGGACAUUUUGUGCUUUAUGUGGGACGAGACUGCGAUCAUGUGGCACACAUUACUGGGUAGUCUACUCAUAGUUAGUGAUAGAUUUGUGGCUGAUGAUACGGCGGGAUUUGGAUAUUCGGAGAGAUUGUGGAAAAGAGAAGGUUAGGGAGCUACGUUGUCCUUUUUUAUGAUCCGACUUAGUCCUGCCUUUAUGUAGAAAAAAUUGAACCUGAUUCCCCAAAAUCUUAACGAUUAAGAACGUUUUUAAGGCAAGUUGAACAGCAAAUACUCUAUAAAAGUAAUCUGCGCAAGUAAUAUAUGGUAAAUUUACAAAUAUUUAAUAGACGAAGUCAUCCCAUUUAAGUUUGAGCGCAAAAAAUUACUUUUA